GGGAUAAUCACAAGUAAGCGUUAUGUUUGUUACAGGUAUGACGAUGGUGUGGGCGACUGUUGGCGGGACGGUGGUGUGGGCGGCAGCGGCCAUGUUGGUGCUCCCGGCACCUGGUGCCCGGUGUUCACCUCCCGCCCACGUCUCGGAUCCGUCCGUGAUUGACGCAACAUCCUUGAGCGUCAGAGACUUGCUCAAGCCACACUUGAAUGUUGGAUACGUUCUCAAACCUCAUGUGAAUGCUGGAAAACUUCCCAAUAAAGUAGUGAACGUUGUAUACUUUACCAAACCAGUCGUGCAAGAUGAAGACGUUUACAAACCAACUGUGAAUGAUGGAAGCCUUCACAAAGCAACUGUGAAUAGUGGAAAGCUUCCUAAGUCAACCGUGAAUAAUGGAAAACUUCGUAAACCAAAUAUGCAUAAUGAAAACCUUCCUAAACCAACUGUGAAUAUUGGAAACCUUCCAAAACCAACUGUGAAUGAUGGAAACCUUCCUAGACCAACGGUCAAUGAAGGAAAACCUCGCAUGACGGGUGUAGAAAUCAUAGUUCUUCAUUCAGAUGCCGCUGAGGCAAAUGUGGCCGCUAGAGACAUGGUGACCACCCUCGACCCACUGACAGAGUUUUGUCUAGAGGCAUGCCAGGAGGGCGUGGGCGGCCCCGAGUGUGACUGUCAUCCCGACCCCGACCGUCGCUACCUCGUUUCGCCUUACGAUAUGUCCAAUGGACCAAAUGUUCACAAACUGAAGCCAGAGCAGCUUUCCAGGCCAGCGAAGCCUGAAGUUCCAGAUAGAGAUGAAGGGGUGACAAAAUCCCAUGACCAGGACCCCACCACCACCCUGAGCGACUACUGUGUGGUGGCCUGCACGAAGGGACAAUACAACGUCGCCUGUAACUGUCCAAACCACAUCAGUGGUCGACGGUCCGUCGUUCAGCGGGAGUCCGUUUCUCCUGGAAGUUACCAUACUGGCUCCAAACUGUUGCAGAGUCGUAUUAAACUGUUGCUCAAUAGAAGCAAACUGUUGUUCGGAGGUAACAAACUGUCGCACGACAGCAACACACUCUCACACUAAGGAAGCAAACUGUCUUCACUCUGUGAGAAGUCGUGCCGCCAGGGGCUGACUUUCUCAACCUGUGAGUACAACAUCACCUUCCGUCUGAGAAUUUGUGGCGUGGUCAGCAGCGGUCACAGAGUGAAGCACUUGGCACAGGAGCCUUAGUGGGGGUUUAAAUUCCCUUAAAAACAAAACAAAAAUCUAUAUAAAUAUAUAACUGUGGAGUCCAACCAUAAUAACUGUGGAGUCCAAACAUAAAUUUUGGACAGGCACUAUCUACGUUUUAGUAUGAAUGGAGGAGAUUCCCCAUUUCACAGAUUUUCCACUUUUUUUCACCUCCGGCCAAAUUGAAUAAGUUGUUGAAAUUAUUAAGACACCAUUUUUUAAAGGAAAAACUUUACAUAUAUUAUAUAUAUAU